UUUAUUAUAUCUUUAUCUCUCUCUCUCUCUCUUUACAUAUACACACUUUUUUAAUAAAAUGGAACGAAUCGAUCCAUUAUCUCUCAUUAGUCAAAUGAACACAAUUUUAGAAACAUGCAAUAAGGUGCAAAAACGCAUGCGAGAUAAAGAAACAAUGCGAGAAGUCGAUUUAGAGAGAAAAAUACAAAGCCAAGAUAAACGCAUAGCACAACUCGAAGAUAAAAAAAGAAGCCUGCAGCGCGACUUUGAACGACAAGAAAACACAACUAAAGAACUUGAACAAAAGGUGUCUGAACUCCAUGAAAAAGAAAUAUCAUUACGAACAUCAGAAAUCAAGCGAAAAAACGAGCUCGUAGUGAAAGCCAAUGCCGAGUUAGAGGCAAAAAUCAAUGAAAAACGACGUUUAUUAGAACAACAGCGUAUGGAGAAUACAGCAAGAAAAUCAUCAGCUCAGGAAAAUAACGAAAAGUUAUCUACGGAAGUGAAUGCUUGUAACAAGCAGCUACAAUUACACAUCAGCCCUAUGAAAGAAAAUCACAUCAAGUUCUCAUUCAAGUGCAUCAACCCAACCGAUCCCGAAAAAACCUAUUAUUUCGUGUUAUAUCUGGAAGAAUCCGGACUCUACAAAGUUACUGAAUGCGAACCCACAUUACCCAACGUGGAAUCACUUAUAUCUAAUUUAAAUUCGGAUCGCGACUUGUACUCUUUUAUAAAACUAAUGAGAAGAGAUUUUGUAGCUUUAGACCGAACACACUUCGAUGCUAUCCAAUAGAGACUCUUUCAAACAUUAAUAAUGUACCUGAUUUUUUUUUUUUUUUUUUUUUUU